UUUUCCCUUUUUAAAACCUUCUUUCCCUUUACUCUUCUUUAUUUUAAGUAAUUCCUUCCAUUUCUCAUUACACUUUUCAGAUAUAAACCUGCAAAAACUGACAGUAGCAGUUAGUAUAAAACUUUUUAAGGUAGUUAAACUUUUGUGUGAAUGAAGCUAGAAAAAAGAUACUCAAUUAUAUAUAAAUAGUCAAAUAUCUGAAUUAGUUUGAGUAAAGUUGAAGAAUUUUUGAGAAUGAAGGAGAGUGGUAGAAAACAAAGUGCAGCUUCACCUUGUGCAGCUUGUAAAUUGCUAAGGAGAAGAUGUGCACAAGAUUGUGUUUUUGCUCCUUAUUUUCCUGCUGAUGAGCCACAGAAAUUUGCUAGUGUACAUAAAGUUUUUGGUGCUAGUAAUGUUAACAAGAUGCUUCAGGAGUUAUCGGAGCAUCAACGGGGCGAUGCCGUGAGUUCAAUGGUGUAUGAAGCUAAUGCUAGAGUUAGGGAUCCAGUUUAUGGUUGUGUUGGAGCUAUAUCAUCUUUGCAACAACAAAUUGACCAUCUCCAAACACAAUUGGCAAUUGCACAAGCUGAGGUUGUACACAUGAGGAUGCGACAAUUUUCGUCGAUGUCUAGCGGUGGCGGCACGGCCGGAAACUCGCCGGAAAACGUGUCGCCAUCGUCCCGACACACUCAAACUCAACCAACCAUGUCCCUUUUUACCAUGGACAUGGUGGUUGAUCAAGCUAAUAUGGGGGAGUCCUUAUGGUCAUGCUAGCUAGUAACUUAUAUAGUUCGGACUCUUCAAAAAUGUCACUAGAUGCAAGUCAGAUCCUUCAAAAAUAACACUAUAUUUUUCGAGAAUUCGAUACGACACGGGUGGAACGAUAUUUUUGAAGAGUGCACGUAACAUAGCUAGUAACUAUUUAGCUAGUUGCUUGACUAGCAUGCUUGCCUAGUCUUUUCUAAUAUUUGCUAUCAAGAUCUUACUUUAUUGUCUGCUUCUUCUUUUUUUUCUUCUCUUUUUUCUUUCUAUACAUCUUUAUAUAGCACAUCUCUAGCUGACCCCUCAAGAGAUGAUGAUGACCAUUAUUAACCAUAUUGUAAAUGUCUAAACAUAUAAUUAUGAGCUAUAAUUAUGAUAUGUACUUAUGUAUGUUGA